GCCAUAAAAUGGCGGCCUUCGAGACGUCAAAAAAAGUUCCACGUGAUUAUGUAACUUCCGAUAAUGGCGCUGGCUUCGACUCUGCAUUUCCUUUGACACUGUGCGUGAGGUGCGGUGCGGUGUGUUGAAUAGUUUCGAUCGGAUUUAUAGACAUAAAAAUGUUGUCAUCCCUAAUGGACGCGGCGCGGAACUCGCCCUUCCGCGGCCCCCUCAGCCCCGCACAGUGCGAGCCCACCCUCCCACAGUCCGGCAUGGCCGCGGCGGCGGAGGUGCAGGGCGACUCCUGCGAGUUCGGAUCCUCCAAAUACUUCGCGCUCUGCGGUCUCGGAGGAAUCCUUUCCUGUGGUAUCACGCACACGGCCGUAGUGCCCCUCGACCUGGUGAAGUGUCGCCUGCAGGUGGACGGAGACAAGUACAAGAACGUGGUGACCGGCUUCAAGGUCUCCGUGCGCGAGGAGGGCAUGCGCGGGCUGGCUAAGGGCUGGGCGCCCACCUUCAUCGGGUACUCGCUACAGGGUCUCUGCAAGUUCGGCCUCUACGAGGUGUUCAAGGUGGGCUACACCGGCCUCCUGGAUGAAGAGACGGCCUACACGUACCGUACCGGUAUCUACCUGGCGGCCUCGGCCUCCGCUGAGUUCUUUGCCGACAUUGCCCUGUCGCCCUUGGAGGCCGCUAAGGUCCGCAUCCAGACCAUGCCCGGGUUCGCCAACACGCUGCGCGAGGCGUGGCCCAAGAUGGUCCAGAACGAGGGCUACGGCACCUUCUACAAGGGGCUGGUGCCGCUGUGGGGCCGCCAGAUCCCCUACACCAUGAUGAAGUUCUCCUGCUUUGAGAGGACCCUGGAGCUGUUGUACCAGCACGUGGUCCCCAAGCCCCGCGAGCUGUGCACGAAGGGCGAGCAGCUGGUGGUGACCUUCGCCGCCGGGUACAUCGCCGGAGUGUUCUGCGCCAUCGUCUCCCACCCCGCCGACACCGUCGUGUCCAAGCUCAACCAGGACCGCUCUGCGACCGUGGGCAGCAUCAUGGGCAAGCUCGGCUGGGCCGGCGUGUGGAAGGGACUCGGACCCAGGAUCAUCAUGAUCGGUACCCUCACUGGACUGCAGUGGUUCAUCUACGACGCUGUCAAGGUGUGGCUGAGGAUGCCCCGCCCCCCGCCCGCGGCCAUGCCCGAAUCCAUGCGCCUGCGCCUCGAAGCCGAAGCUGCCCAGAAGAAGUAAAUCUAGUACACUGAACUCAGUAGAUUCAUACAUUAACAAAAUGGCGGUCAGGAGAAACACGAAACUCGUAUUAUGUCAGUGAUAUUAUUAUUGUAAUGGCAUUCCUAGCUACAAUUUUAGGGUUAGAUGUGAAGCAAUUUUGUGUUAAGUAUGUGUUAAUGUAUAAAUCUACUUUUAGCUUUUAGUAGAAAAUCGCGUCGCGCUGGCAACACUGGAAAAGCAGAAUAAUUUAGAUCUUAUUGACCAACCUACUUUGGUAGGUUUCUUGAACUAACGUUUGAAACGUUAAUUAAAAAAAGUAUGUGUUGCCAGUAUGAAUAAUUCUUGUUCCAAACACCGCCCGAACGAAUGUAUUAUAGUAGUUUCACAGAUUACCAAUGCCACAGUAUAAUUGUAAGUGUAAAACAAUCAUGUUAAUUUAUUUUAAAUAAAAUAUUAUUUUUAUUUA